CAUAUGAAUAUGUCUAUGGGUUUUCCGAAUAUCGUUUUCCAGUUAAUGGAGGUUUAGAAGUAAACAUCAUUUUGUUUACUGUUUGUGGUAUAUUAAAUGUGAUACCUCUAGUCACAAGAGAAUGUCUAUAUCAAAUCUGAAGCUUCAAGACGACACUAACAACAUUCCUCUGGCCGAUGACGACCCGCAAGUUAUUAUAAACGACGAUCCAGAACCCAACUCCACAUCCGACGGCAAUUCCUCGAGUAUGUUGCGAGGUAGAAGCACGGACUCCAUCCAGUCCUCUUUCACCAAUGGAAGCUCCAGCCCUCAACACAACAGUUCGGAGCCGGAUUACAGCCCCGACGAACGGGAAGAAAAAGCUCGUCUCAUAUCCCAAGUGCUCGAAUUGCAAAAUACCUUGGACGAUCUUUCCCAGAGAGUCGACAGCGUCAAGGAAGAGAAUUUGAAACUGCGAUCUGAAAAUCAAGUGCUUGGCCAGUAUAUCGAGAACCUAAUGUCGGCGUCGAGCGUGUUCCAGUCCACUUCGCUGAAGAUCAGAAAGAAGUAAGAAGUUACAUGCUGAAUUCUGAAAGCAGUUUUUGACUGGUGAAUAUUCGUUUUAACAGCUUACGAGAGUUUUAAAUAAUUUUUAGUUCGACUUUUGUCGGUUGGUCGCGAACUUGAAGUCAGAACUUGGUGCUCUACCAUACUUUUGGAGAUACACCUACACAAAAGUAGUUCCACAUUUUCAGGGAUUCACUUCUGGUAAUAAAACCUCAUAAUAUAACGCCUUGUUCAGGUCGCAUGCUUUGGAUCUUCAUUCACUUACCACUCUAUUUUUUUCCCCAGGGUUUCACUCUGAAAUCAUUUGAAAAUAGCGAACAAAUGCCUGCAACGUGCAACAGAAAAACAAAGUGUUAUUCUAUAUUUUUCACUACCGGAAGUUAGUUCCUGAAAAAAUAGAUAUUUCAACAGUUUUGACUCUUGAGUAGUCGUAUCUCCAAAGGUAGACCGGAGCACCAGGAACGACUUGAGAUUUGUGAUUAAUAGAUAAAAAUACGUAAAUCUUAUUGAAAACUUUCAAAAAAAUUAUCGCAAACCAAAAUAACAAAUAUUCACCUUUCAAUUCAAUGACUGUAUUGUAACAAUUGUGCUGUAGCUUCUCUUCAAUUUUCGAUCUGAGAGCCUGCAUCGUUGAUGAUUCUCUCGACCACUGCGGAGUCACCAGCCAGUAGUACUCUAUAAGCCUGAUUAUUACAAAGAAAAUACAAUUAUUUAAGUUAUGAGUUAUAAAUGCCUGUGAUUACUUUAUUAAAUUAAUUUACUUAUUGA